UCCCAACAUUCGCUCGCACACCGCCCGCGUCGCUACCGGCGUUCAAUCGAUACGGUCGCCUAGCAACGAUCACCUUCCAAAACAAACAAUCAGAGGCCCGGCCAAGAGCAAAUUUACUUUCUUAUUUUAUUACUCGUGUCAACAUUUUAGAUCGAUAUUAUUGGAUUUGCUGUAUCAUGUUCUUGUAGACAGACAACAUGGUGUUGAUGCCUGUUUGUGUGCCCGAGCAAUGCGGGAAGGAUUUCCGACACUCGUUGAAGAAGCCGAGUCCCAACUAUCCUUAUGGGGCGAAGACGAAAAAGCCGAGGCUUGUCCCAGCCUUCACCAUACAAGCCAUGCAGAAGAACACCCGGGUGAUACCGCCGAAGAAGAGCGGUGUCUUCGACCCGAAGCCGGUCAAGCAAACCAUGUUCAGGACGUCCUAUGCCCGGGGGGAGUUUCCUGUCGUCAUCGAGUUUACAAGCAGUGGGAAACGGCUGAGUUGGAAGGUUCCGAUUGAAAAGCUGGACUUCCAUCACUACCUACCCAUGUUUUUUGAUGGUCUCUCAGAGGGGGACUACCCGUUCAGCUUCAUCGUGGAGAAUGGGAUCAACGAUCUGGUCUCCAAGGGCUCCUACAAGAUCCUGCCUGUGGUGCCGCAGCUCAUCAUACCUAUUAAAAACGCCCUGUCGACCAAGAGGCCAAACGUGAUAUGUCAUACGCUGAAAUGUAUCCAGAAAAUCGUCACCGGUUCAGACAGAGUUGGCGAAGCGUUCGUGCCAUACUACAGACAGAUACUGCCUAUUCUGAACCUGUUUAAAGACAGAAACAAUAACAUCGGCUCCGGGAUCGACCACAGCUCGUCCCACGGCGAAAACGUCGGGGACCUCAUCGAGGAGACCCUGCAGAUCUUGGAGCGCUACGGGGGCCCCGAUGCCUUCAUCAACAUCAAGUACAUGAUACCCACUUACGAGUCGUGCGUGCUUAACUAGAGGUGAUUUGGACUCACUAGUACAGAUGUAGUGCAUGAUUAUUUUUCAUCGUAUUUUCACGGAAACGUACAAACGUGUAUUGCUAUUUCAGUCAGUCUCGAUACAAAAAGUACUGAGGUUGACUGAAGUAGCAUGACAAAUACGAAAGUUUCGAGAAAAUACGAUGGAAAACAAUUAUGCAUUACAUCUGUAAUGUUCUUCUAACGGUCAGUUCUAAUGUCGAUCGUGCGUUUAUUUAGCACUUACCCUUAUUAGGCUGUGAAAAAAUGAGUCGAGUCUUAAAAGCGGAAGACUUAAAGGAUUCGUGUCUUGACUAAUACUAUUUAGGUUUUAAAGUGCUGUCACGUGCAUGUUCAGGCUGAUAGGUAGAAGAAGACUUAGAUUUAAUGUCUUAUUAAUUUGCCUACUUAGUUGUCUUUAACUCAGCUAAAAUCAUAGAUAUUUCAGUCAGAAGCAUUUUCUGUUAAAAUUAUUUCUUGUAGCAGAAUGAUACACAAAAGGAAAUGUAGCGGAUAUGUUGAUAAAAUUUUAAAGAAACAAAAUACUCGGCGUAGCAAUAUUUUACCAUAUGCACGUAGUUUUAAACUGUAGAUAUCGGACUUAUCGUCCUUUUAAUAACUGUUACAUCAUGUCUCAAAACAUGAUACUGACAAUUCAGAACCAUGUCAUAUUGUUUCAUUGUGCUAGGGUUACGCUUUUGAUGUUGUCACGUGCAUGUAGAAUAAAUGAUUCGUGAAUUUCAUAAUCAUUUGGAUAUUUAGCAAUUUCAUUACUUAAAUUGAUCUUUGUCGCAUUGUCAUAAAUUAAUCGUAGCUUUAAUAACUUCUAAUUACCGACUAUUAUUAUUAGUAUGUUAGCUAGAAAUAUAUAUGCUAAAGUAAUAUUCAUGGUGACUGAUUAGUUAUAUUGUUAAGUUUUGUCUAGUUCAUUUGUAACAGGUGUGUUUGAAUUUUGUACUUUUUACAAUAUUAUUUUGUUAAUAAAUUGUUCGUGGCCAUU